CUCUCUGAAUGACAAAAGACUACAACUUGCGGACUCGCUGCCGUCUCGAUACGGAAGGAUACCUUGGGUGUCGGAGGCAGUGACACAAUUGACACUUUUUUCCGCCACCUCACUGCAAAGUCAGCGAAGAAAGGGGGUUCCUGAGGCGGCCGCGGGACGAGACGGCUCCCCGACAUCCCCUCACCCCCGGAGGAGCGACACUGAGCUCACAUACCGAGCCGGGCCGAAGGACGUCAAAGCGCCGAUAGAGCGGAGACAGUGACCGCGUCUACCAUGGAGGUCUGCGCUGCUUCCAGGAAACUUACCCUGCUGUCGCUCACCUUUCUGUGGGGGCUCUCAGGCAUAUGGGCCCAGAUCCAGAUGCCCCAACCCAGCCUGGAUGUGACCAAGGGUCGGAUGGUGGUGCUGAGGGCCACGUACAGCACAGGGGCGAGCAGCGACCUAAACACCAACACCAUCCUCUGGAACUUUGUCUCCAACAGCACCCAGCUGGUCAUUGCCUACACCAAGGACUCCACCAGCAUGGGCAGCCCCCAGUUCAAGGGCCGCGUCGGUUUCUCCUCCAGCAUGCCCUCACGCGAUGUGUCGCUGUACAUCAACAACACCCAGGAGUCCGACUCGGGACGCUACGUCUGCCAGGUCAUCAUCCCCAAUAAUCCUGCCCUCACCGCUGAGCUCAGUCUGGACGUGAAGGUCCCUCCUGGGGUUCCCAAGUGCUCUCUAUCAGGGAAGCCAGUGGUGAAGGGGAACGUGACUCUGAGCUGCAAAACCAGCUCCGGGAAGCCCGUCCCUCUGUACAAGUGGCAGAAAACCAGUCCCAGCUCGGAGGUCUUCUUCUCACCCAUGCUCAACGAGAAGAUGGGCACUCUGAAGCUGAGCAACCUGAGCAGUAACAUGUCGGGGAAGUACGUGUGCACAGCCAGGAACUUGGCCGGAUCAGAGACCUGCUUCAUCAACCUGGAGAUCGUCACCUCCACUAAUGUGGGGAUGAUCGCUGGCGCCACAGUGGGCGCAGUGAUUGGCUUCAUCUUCCUCCUCCUCAUCUGCCUGUUUUUCCUGGUGAAGAGGCGGAGAGACAACGAGGACGACAUGGCCAACGAAAUCAAGGAGGACGCGCAGGCUCCUAAGCGUGUGUCCUGGGCGAAGAGCGGCAUGGGUUCAGAUAUCAUCUCCAAGAAUGGCACCUUGUCCUCCAUCGCCUCCAGCCCGCACCACAAAGAGCCCUCCCACAACCACAACAACCACCACCACCUGCAGCAUUACCCCCAGCGCCCGCCUUCCGACACCGCCUCCAUCAUCACCGCCACUGGCAGCAUGGCCGGCUACCGGCCGUCCCGCCACCACGGAGCCUCCACCCCCACCCACUAUGGCUACAACAACAACACCACGCUGCCGCGCGGACAGACCGUCUCCUCCGAGGGGAGCAUCAAUGGGAGCUCCCUGCCCAGACCGGAGCGCUACACCCAGCUGCCCCAGGCUCAGGUGCUGCCCCAGACCUACAGCCAGCCUCAGCUGCAGCUCCAGGCGGCUCCGUCCCCGCCGCCGCUGCUGCCCACCUCCACUGUCACAGCCUCCAACAUCGCCCGCAUGGGAGGGGUGCCCAUCAUGGUGCCUGCACAGAACCAGGCCGGGUCUCUGGUCUAACGCUGGCCCAACAGUGCUGUUGACAAAAAACAGUGGAAUGCUGUCCCUUUACACUCUCGAUAAGGGUCAGCUGCUUCAACUACGAUUUUAGCAGAAUCGCAGUAGAUGAAAAGGUCAAAUUCACGAAUUGACGCUUGCUUUGGCGCCAACAAGCUUUUAUGUCAAGACUCUCCGACACAGACUGUUUACUUGCUUUAAGUAUACUCAAGUCUUUUUAUAUUGUGUAUGCACUGCAUACAUUGCAAACGAUGUAUAGAUAUAAUUUUCAUACAUACAUUUGUCCAGUAUCCUCUUUUCUACCUUAUUAUUGCAUUUCUAUUUUAUUGGUUGUAUUCUUUUUUCUUCAAAUGUUGCUUUAAAAUAGCGUAUUAUAUUUACUUAUUCCACAAAGUCAACAGCAAAUUGAUCAUCACCAUGUGUGUGCAAGUCUCAUGGAUGAACAUUCAGAUUAAAUAAGAACAGAGUUAUGCAGAUCUUAAAAAACAACCUAAAGCAAGAAUUAUGAAGACCAAAAUGGGUUUUAAGCACAAUAUGUCAGAACUGUUCAGAGGAGAAAAUGUUGCUCAAAGUGAAGUUAGUGAGGAAUUGGGUGAGAUGUAUGAAGGUUUAUGUUUUAAUGAGAAGAUUUCUGCAGCAGAAAGAUAGACAAAACAACAUGAUACAUAUUAUAAAGUUUGGCAUUGCAAAGUAUCCUGAUCCUUUUUUUUUUUGGCUUUACUUCUGUCGGUGGUUCCGCUUAUAAAAUGUCAUUAAACACAGAUUAGCAAAAGCUUCUUAUAACAUUGAGCACUAUUCAGAACUGCAGUAUUAUGACUUUGCUAAAACACAAGUACACACUUGUAAUAAUUUUAAAGUUGCCAGCAGAAUUGAAAUUGUAAAUAUGAUAUUUAUUUUCUGAUAAAUGUGUAUUGAACGUUUAUUUCAAGUCAUAUGUUUGCUUGCAUCACCGGAUACUGAACCAAAGAUAUACAGUACAACAUGCUCCGUUUAGAGGCUGUAGUUUAUUUGAUGGAGCAGGUCAGUGGGGAAGAACCUGUUGACAUCAACAAGACGUGGAAACAGGCUUCAGACAGCUUAUAGACAAACCUUCUUUCCCAUUCCAUCAGCAUGGCAAAGUAAUAGUAACUUGUUUUUUGGUACAAGACGUUUCAGAAGAGAAAUCUAAACGUUGGAUUAAACCAGGUUCCAAAUUCUUGUUGCAUUUUGUUGACAUAUUAGCGUCUAAAGUUUUGACUGAGGGACAUUUGGAUAUCUCUUUGUAUUACUCUAUAAAUCAGAAAAUACUGUUGACAGCCAUAAAAAUACUCCGUUUCUCCAUGUUUAUAAUAAUAAAAUGUUGUAUAACUUAUUUAGAGAAAAUGGCCUUUAAAGAUAUGUUUUGUAAAAUGAAAGACAUUUUGAGGUUUUCUGAUGUUAUGUUUUU